AAAAGUAGACAUUUAUUACGUAAAAACCAUGAGCAUCUUUUUAUGUCAAUGUUAAAACCAUAACAGUUUUAAAAAAAUGAAUGUUUGUUGAUAUUUGAAAGCAAAAAUCAGAGAUGGUGAAAUUCUCGGUUGGUGGUUCCGACGACGGUGAAGGACCUAGCAACCCAAACCAGAAGCGCCGAAGGGUUGACGACGGAGAACAACCAGCACCAACAACCACAGAAGAAGAAGAAGAAAACGAACAAUCAUCACAAGAAGGGUUCGAAAUGGUAAAUAUCCCAAUUCGAAACCUAGAAAACGACGCAAAUGAAGGAACCUCCAAUGGAUCCAACUCAGGACAAGCUAAUGAUAUGGGUAAGAGCGUUUCUGCAGUUAUUUCUGACCCUGAUGUUCUUGAUUGCUUCAUUUGCUCUGAACCAUUGUCAAUUCCUAUAUAUCAGUGUGAGAAUGGCCAUAUUGCUUGCUCUAAGUGUUGUGGCGAACUUAUGAACAAAUGUCCCAUGUGCUUAAUGCCCAUUGGGUACAAUCGUUGCCGGGCUGUGGAGAAGUUGUUGGAAUCUAUUAAAAUAUCAUGCCCAAAUGCAAAUUAUGGCUGUAAAGAAAUGCUUAGUUGCAAUAUGAAAGGCAGCCACGAGAAGGAAUGCAUAUAUACACCAUGUAAAUGUCCACACAAAGGUUGCGGCUUUCUUGCCUCAUCCAAGGAGUUAGCACUUCACUUCAGCCAUAGGCAUGUAGGUUUUGGAGUACAGUUUACAUAUGGCAAAUACAUAUCUGUCUCCUUAAAUACUCGUCAGAAAGAAAUUGUUCUUAUAGAUCAAAAUGAUGCAACACUAUUUAUUGUUCACAAUAUUUACCUUCAGAAAUUGGGAAAUAUGGUCCAUAUUAGUUGUCUUGGUCCCAAAGCAAUGGCGGGUUUUCAUUAUGUUGUCAAGGCUAUGACUGAUGCAACCACAUUGAAACUGAAAACUCCUGUGAAUAUCAUUCAAGACAAUAAUGGUAGUGCUCCUACAACUGGAUUUCUUAUGAUUACUCCAGAUCAUCUUAACUUUGGACAACUCAAAUUGGAUAUUCGUAUAAAGUCUCACCAAACCGUUGUUUAAGAUUGAAGGGGACUACAACUUAGUUGAUUGCUAUAUGUAUUUACUUCAUUUAGGAGUUUGUCAUAUUGAACAAUUUACUCGAUGUGGGUGCAAUUGGAUUUGAAUGCUCUCAAGAAAGGUGCUCUCAUUGAGUAGGAAACUAAAAAAAUGCUUUUGUUAAUGUAUGUGAUUAUUGUUUCAAAAUCAACCCUUAAGUAUGUACUAUGUAGUAUGUUAAAAAUCUAAGUUUUGAUGACAAUUAGUUUAGUUUAUGUAAGAGCUUUUCUAUACAUAUAUGCAGAAGAUACGAAUAGAGCAAUUGUUGGUUACAAAAUAUUUCUGCACAGUCAUAUUGCAAAGAGUUUCAUAGGAUCAAGUUGUAUGGAAUUAUUAUUGGAGCCUUGGAAGUUGGAGGAGUGAAACUGAUGUAGAUUCUAUCACUUUAUGUGAGAUCUAUCUCUAAAGUAUGAAAUUUACUUAUAUUUUAUUUAA